AUGGCUUCGAAUACGGCAGUGAAAAUGGAUGUUGAUAAUCCAUUAGUUCUCAAAAGGUCUAGCAGUGCACCGAUGAUCAACGAAUUGAAUAAUUCAAUUUCUUCUCAAGCACCUACCAACCCUCUGAGGGAACCAACUUUACAACUAUGCUCUGGUGUUCCACGAAUGCGAAGGUUUAGUGCGAGUUUUUCUCCCUUAUCUGGGCCUUCAUCCCCAAAAUUAACACCUAGGGUUAACCAGCUUAGAAGGGAAGAAAGUGUUGAUGUUAUUGGAAGAGAAGCUGCUCAUGAAAGAGAGCUUAAUUCAACAAUGGUUAUGUCUCAGUCAUGGGAAGAUCUGACUUUAGUUGCUGACAAUCCUAAAGAAUGUUCAGAUAAUGGGAAGUUGAGUCCACUUUCGGUCAGUUUACCUCCGUUGUGUUCUACUCCUUCUCCUACGCGCCCUGCUUCAGUCCCUUUGAGGCACUCUGUUUUCAAACCAACUUCAUCACCUAGCCCAACUAGGAAGUUUACUACCAGGCGAAGCCAAAGUCCAAUAGCUAUGAGGCCUUCUGCUCUUGGACCUGUUAAACGUAAAUUUCAACUUGAGGAGAAUGAACCUUCUGCAAAGAGAUUUUCUGGUUUAUUGAUCCAGCAAGCCAGGUUCUUUCUAAUGUUUGAACCAGUCUUAAAGAGCCCGACAUUAGAUAGUGGGUUGGGCGGUUUUGACAGGCUGACUCAAGAGAGCGCUGCGGUACCAGCUGCCAAAGGAGACUGAUCGUUUCUUUUAUUUCAUUACUUUUUCUUUUCUAGUCUACAUAACCCUUGACAAAUGUACCAAGUCG